AUGUCACAGAAACGGACACCUUCACUAACAACAAGGUCCCAAGUCUCGGGUUCCUCCCAGCGCUCAUCUGUCAUCAAUGCGGCCGCAAUUGCCCGCGCAAAGGCAGAAGCAGCCAAAGCCCGAGUCUCCUUUGCAGAAAGGGAGAUGGAAGCAAAAAUAGAGAAAUCACGCCUAGAUGCAGAAAAAGCACGCCUAGAUGCAGAAAAAGCACGCCUAGAAGCAGAGAAUGCACGCUUAGAAGCAUCUUUAGGAAAGCUGGUCAUAGAGAGGGAAGCUGCAGCAGCCAUAGCUGAAGCAGAAGCUCUAGAGGCAAUUGUAUACCCUGACAGCGAAAGACACAGCAGGGCACCAGAUCUAGAGAUUGAAGGUCAAGACCCACUGCAGCGCACCUCUGAGUAUGUCCAGCAGCACUCCAAACAAAACACAGAUUCUCUUUCAGCACAAGAACCAGGUCAACAUGCUACCCGAGAGCCAGACCAACAACGCUAUACGACUCAAGAAGUCAGCAGCAAGUCACAAGUGCACCAGAGAGGUAACGCAGAGCAAAAUGAUCCUGCUUAUGGCACCCACAUCAGCUGGGUACCCAAGCCUACGGGUAACCCUACAACUACUUCCUCUGAUAUGUUAAGGCGGUAUGUCACAAGUCAGCCUAAAGAAGAACCUCCAGACAGGUAUGAUUACACAACACCUUCUCACUAUAACACUCAUCCACCUACCUACCAUGGUGCCAACCAGGCCACAAUGGACUUUGCCAAGUUCUUUGCCCGACGUGAGUUAAUCACCAAAGGACUUGUAAAGUUUAAUGACCGCCCAGAAGGCUUCAGAGCCUGGCGAUCCUCUUUCCAAAACACUAUCAGAGACUUAGACCUAUCAUACAGUGAGGAGAUAGACCUCCUUAUCAAAUACUUAGGCACUGAGUCUGCAGAGCAUGCCAAAAGGAUCAGGGUGAUCAACAUAAACCACCCAGAGACUGGUCUCAAAAUGAUCUGGCACAGACUUAAUGAGUGUUAUGGCUCAGCAGAGGUAGUAGAGAAUGCACUCUUAAAAAGAAUUGAUGAUUUCCCUAAAAUAUCCAAUAAAGGUUACCAAAAACUUAGGGAACUAAGUGACCUGUUAAUGGAACUUCAGGUUGCUAAAGCCGAAGGAGACUUACCAGGACUUGCAUUCCUGGACACAGCCAGAGGUGUUAACCCCAUAGUGCAAAAGCUACCCUACAACUUGCAAGAACGGUGGAUGGCACAUGGGUCUAAAUUCAAACAAACAUACAAUGUCACAUUUCCCCCCUUUACUGUGUUUGUGGACUUUGUAUACCAGCAAGCCAAGAUGAGGAAUGACCCCAGUUUUGAUCUCACUCUGCCACAUGCCACCCCUUCAGUACCUAAUACUCGCAAAGCAGUAACAGUUCACAAAACUAAUGUUUCCUCUUCAGGUUCUUUCCACAGGUCUGCUGACAGCUCUCAGGAGGAGACAAACAACAAAGACCCUGGUAAGCAGUGUCCCCUACACCAAAGGCCUCACCCUCUUCUGAAAUGCAGAGCCUUCAGAGGAAAGUCCAUAGAUGACCGCAAAGCCUUCCUAAAGGAAAACCACAUCUGCUACAAGUGCUGCUCAUCAACAUCUCACCUUGCCAAGGACUGUAAGGUCAGUGUAAAAUGCACAGAAUGUGACAGCACACACCACAAUACAGCAUUACACCCUGGGCCAGCCCCGUGGACAUUACCUCACAACAAGGGUGCUAGCGAGCAUGGCGGGGAGGAAGGUGACACUGCUAUAACUACACCAGAGGUCACUUCACAAUGUACAGAAGUCUGCAAAGGAGCCAUAGGUGGCAGAUCCUGCUCCAAAAUCUGCUUAGUCAAAGUAUACCCGAAAGGCCAAAGGGAUAAAGCUAUUAGACUUUAUGCAAUCAUGGACGAUCAGAGUAAUGGAUCUCUAGCCUGUCCAGCCUUCUUUGAUUUAUUCAAUAUCAAAGGCCCAAGCAUUCCUUACUCCUUAAAGACUUGUGCAGGAGUUAUUGAGACAGCAGGGAGGAAGGCAUCUGGCUACCAAGUAGAGUCCAUAGAUGGACAAAUAUGCUUGCCUUUGCCACCUAUAACUGAGUGCAGUCGGAUACCAGAUAAUAGGACUGAAAUCCCUACACCAGAUGCAGCACUGCACCAUGCACACUUGAAAUGUAUAACGCACUUAAUCCCUGAACUUGACCCUAAGGCCCAGAUAAUGCUUCUUCUUGGAAGAGAUAUCCUACGGGUCCACAAAGCAAGGGACCAGAUAAAUGGUCCUCGCAAUGCACCUUAUGCUCAGAAGCUAGACCUUGGAUGGGUCAUCAUAGGUGAUGUAUGCCUGGGAGAUGUACACAGGCCAACCAACAUCAACACUCUGUAUACUAACACAUUAGAGAAUGGCCGCCCUUCUCUUUUUCAACCAUGUCCAAAUCGCUUUCUGAUUAAAGAGAUUCAGAAUAACACUUAUCUAACCAACCUCUUAGGAGAGAGCUAUCCCUGCGCUAAGGAUGAUGAUCAUUUGGGUUGCAACGUGUUCCAGAGAUCCAAAAAUGACAAUCAGCUUUCCCUUUCCAUAGAAGACAAAAUCUUCCUGGAAAUCAUGGAUCAAGGUCCAGACCUCAACAACAAACUCUUGGGGGUACUCAUACGUUUCCGCAAAGAUCCUAUUGCCUUUAUAGCAGACAUCCAGCAAAUGUUCCACAGCUUUCUUGUGAGAGAAGAUCAUAGGAACUUCUUGAGAUUCUUCGGGUUCAGAGACAAUGAUCCAGCGAAAGAUGUCCUAGAGUACCGCAUGAAAGUGCAUGUGUUUGGAAACAGCCCUUCCCCUGCAGUGGCCAUAUAUGGGCUCAGGCGGUCUGCCCAGGAAGGAGAAGUUGACUAUGGCAGAGAUGUCACACAAUUUGUUGAAAGAGACUUUUAUGUAGAUGAUGGUCUGAAGUCAUCACCCUCUGAGGAGACAGCAAUCAGUCUGCUUAAGAGAACACAAGACAUGCUAGCCUGUUCCAACCUCUGCACAAAAUAA